ACGUGGGGGGGGGUGAGUAACUGCCCUGGUGCCACUUUCCCUUGUUUAACUGUAUCAGUCCAGCGCCCGAGUCCAGCCGAGGAGGGCAACAGCCAGACCCUUAUGAUGAUGAUGAUGAUGAUGUCAUUAACGGCCACUUUGGGGUUCGUGUCUCUGAUCACCCUGGUGGGAUCCAUGGAAUCUCCAUGUUGUUCCUGCACCGCUGGUCUGCCGGGAAUUCCCGGAAUCUCUGGGAAAGACGGACGAGACGGACGCAGAGGCCCCAAGGGAGAGGCAGGGCCCCCGGCAUCAUCAUUACCCAGAAGCCUGAGAGGAGACAAAGGAGAACCGGGCCCAAGGGGACCUCUCGGAAAAAAUGGGCCAAAGGGACCGACAGGACUUGAAGGAGAAAAAGGGGAGCAGGGGGAAGUGGGGGCGACCGGCAGCCCAGGGGACCAUAAGCGCCAGUACCAAUCGGCCUUUACAGUGGCCAGACUGACCCAAGAGCACCCCCUCAAGAACACCCCCAUUCUGUUCACUAAGCAGAUCACUAACGACCACCAAGACUACAAUGUGACCAGUGGCAAGUUCCAGUGUCGGAUCCCCGGCCACUACUUCUUCUCCUUCCACUCGUCCCACUCGGCCAAUCUCUGCGCCGCCCUCUAUGUGGAUGGAAAGGCCACGAGCAGCUUCUGUGACCACAUGUCCAGCAAGUCCCAGGUGGCCUCUGGGGGGGUCCUGGUGUCCCUGGCGGGGGGGCAGGAGGUCUGGAUGGAGGUCAAUGACUACAAUGGGAUGAUUGGCACCGAGGGCAACGACAGCGUUUUCUCUGGGUUCCUUGUGUCUCCUCAAUAGACAAGCGGGGGGCUCUUAGCUGCCCCUCAUUCACUGGCACAAACCAAUGGGAGAAUGGGGGGGGGGGCUCUGCCAGAUUCUUUGGGGUUUUUCUUCUUUUUUUACAUGUUUCAUUGAGAUCCAACAUAGGAACCCAGUAAAUUGGUUACCCCUCUAGUAAUGGAACCAAAUCUGCCCCUCGUUACCCUCCCCCCCUGGGGAAAGCAACGUCCAAUCAUGUAGCAGCUUUACCCCCAGCCAAUGAUCUCUGUGUGUCUAUAACAUUGUGAUCCAUUAUAUACAUUAAAGGGCAAGUAUUCCUAUCCUG